UUUGUGCGUGUGUGAAUUUUUGCCAUAAGUGCAACCACGCGAGAGAAUUAUCGCAAUUUUUGUGAAAAUAUUCAUAAAAUUAGUGAACAUUUUACGGAAACUAAGUGAAAAGCUUAUAAAGAACAUUCUGUUGCUUAGUUUAUAUGUGCAAAGGGUGUUAUGAAGUGAAUAUAAAACGUUGAGUGAACGGCAAAAAAGAAAAAUUGGCAACAGCUCUUUGGUGUAUAGUGCUCGUGCAAAAUGGAAAACGUCGCCGCCUUCAAUAAUGAGCUUUCGAGCCUCUAUGAUCAGAAACCGCCUAUUUCAAAGGCCAAAAUGGCCGCCAUCACCAAAUCUGCGAUGCGUGCCAUCAAGUUCUACAAGCACGUCGUUCAGAGUGUCGAAAAGUUCAUACUCAAAUGUAAACCGGAAUAUAAGGUUCCGGGUCUGUAUGUGAUCGAUUCGAUCGUACGACAGUCACGGCAUCAAUUCGGUCCCGACAAAGAUGUAUUCGCUCCACGUUUUGCCCGCAACAUCAAGGAAACAUUUGCGAAUCUAUUUCGUUGUGCGCCCGACGAUAAAAGCCGCAUUAUACGCGUCCUUAAUUUAUGGCAAAAGAACAACGUUUUUGCACCUGAAGUCAUACAGCCAAUUUUCGAUUUAGCCGAUCCAAGUCAUCCAAUUUAUCAAUUACCACCCCCUGGUGCAGGUGGUCCAGGCGUUUCCGGAAAUAAUUUAGGCGAUAAUUUAGCUGGCGCAGCAAACGGUCUGAAUGUUUCAAAUACUUCGAUGGAGUUAAACAUGAGCAAUAUGAGUGCAGCUGCUAUGGCAACAGGAUCCAACAAUUCCGAGGAUAAACACGGUGGAAUGCCAGAUUUAUCGUCCAUGAGUCAUGAGAAAGCUCAGAAUGUUCUUGAUAAUAGUACAUUGCGCCAACUGGAGCAUAUGCAGCAAUAUUUAAAACGUCAUAGUGCAUCAUCAACGACUGUAAGCUCAGCCAAACCGUCACGAGAAUUGCGGGAAUCACGUGAACUGCGUGAAACGACACGAGAUGUGCGUGAGCUGCGUGAACCGCGUGAAGCGCGUGAUUCACGAGAGCUACGUGAAAUGCGUGAGUCACGUGAGAUGCGGGAUACACGCGCCGAUCGAGACGCACACGAAUAUGCACGUCUAAUCGAUAGCGGCGCCGCUGCUGGGAGCAGUCGCAAUGUCAGUAGUAGUGGAAAUGGCGGUGCCGGCAGCAGUGCGCUCUCUGGAGGUGGCAAUAAGUCGCAACACACUGAAUCGUAUGCGAAAUAUACAAAAAGCACACAUGAGGUCAUAAUCGAUGACGAUGAGGGUAUAGACAACAACUCGCCGCAGCAUACAUCAAAGCUGAUCGAUAACAACAACCUUCAACAGCUGCUCAAUGAUCCCAAUGUCUUGCGCCAACUACAAACGUUACAAAACUUCCAAAAAAUGAAACAGCAGGAGGAACAGCAAUACAAAAUGAACGAAAUGCGUUUGCAGGAAGUCGAAUUUGAGAAACAUUUACAAAAUGUUCUAAAGACGCAGCAAGGUGGGCAUGUCGUUGUCGCUGAAACAAGUGAGUUCAACAAAGAAGUGGAAUUCGUAUCGGUGGAACAAAAAAUUGAGGUUAUCAAUUUGGAUGGCAACGAUUCACGCAGCCCAUCGCCAUCACACGAUCGUGAUCGCUACAAGCCUUCUCGUCGUCGCAGCAGCCGUAGCCGUAGUCGUUCGCGCUCUCGUGAACGUGGUCGUCGUCGGCGAUCGCGUUCUCGUUCGCGCAGCCGUUCACCACGCGGAUCGUAUAGACGUCGUACAUCACGUGAUCGCGAUCGCAACGAGCGUAGCAGCAUCAGAGAUAAGGAGAAGGAACGGGAACAUGAGCGUGAGCGCCGUAGGAAGGGACUGCCGGAUAUACGAAAGGAGCAUUUAAGUGUCUGCAGUACCACACUGUGGGUGGGCCAUCUGUCGAAACUGGUCUAUCAAGAGGAAUUAUCUGAUACUUUUGGCGCCUAUGGCGAUAUCGUGAGCAUCGAUUUGAUUGUACCGCGCGGCUGUGCAUUUAUCGUUAUGCACAGGCGUCAAGAUGCGCACAAAGCCAUGCAAGGUCUGAAAAACCACAAGUUACAGGGACGCGCAAUUACUAUCUCAUGGGCUGCCGGCAAAGGAGUUAAAAGCAAGGAGUGGAAGGACUUCUGGGAUCUGGAGUUAGGCGUCACCUAUAUCCCGUGGACAAAGCUGGAUAAUGAGACGGAUUUCGAUACCUUGGAAGAAGGUGGCAUGUUCGAUGAAGAUUCGAUGCCCGGGUGGGUAAAAGACAAAAUCAAUCAUAUGAAGAGUUUAAAGGAGAAAGCUUCAGAGAGUGCCGCCAAUAUGCCUCCUGGCGCCCCGCCUGGACCGGCGCCCGGAAAUGCUGGAUUGUUGUUUGGCAUUGAUACCACACAACCACCGCCGGGCCCACCCCCUACUAGUGGUCCACCACCAAAAAUGCCAAUGAUGGCCGUUCAAUUUCCGAUGGCGCCCCCUAUGGGCGGUCCACCGCGCAUGCUCGGUCCCAUGGGUCCAAUGCCCAUAUCCGGUAUACCAAUGCCACCGAACAUGGUUCCCGGCAUGCCACCACCACAUCCGAUGAUGAUGCCAACUGGCAUUAUGCCACCAGCUUUUCCACCCAUACCUGGACAAGUUGCUGGCACCACUGGACCUCCGCCGGGCAUGGGACCGCCGAUGGGUAUGCCACCGCCAGGUGCACCUGGUCAAUAUCCACCUCCAGCCGCUAUGGCAGGUGGUAUGCCCCCACCAGCGGUUGGUAGUGUAUCCUCCAAUGACGACCAAAUGGAUAUUGAAAUGGAUGAGGAUGAUGGGCCCAGUUCAGCUACUAUACCAACACCAGUUAGUGCACCCUCCAUGAACUUCAACCAACCACCACCAAUGUUUGGUGGCCCCAGUGUACCAGGUCCCGAAAAUAGCGCUGGGGAUAUGUUUAGUCGUGAACGUGGUCGUGAGCGUAGCGGGCCGGCCAGUGGCAGCCGCUGGGGCGGGCGUGGUAGUGGCGAAGAAGUAGACUUGGCUGAAGCUGCGAAAAGGUGGCGCGAAAAUGGCGGACAGUCUAAUUUCAAUGAGGUCGGCAUUGGUGGACCACCCAACUUUAAUGAAGGCGGUAUGGGUGGCCCGCCGAAAUUCAAUGACGGUGGUAUGGGUGGUGGGCCACCCAAUUUCAGUGAUGGCAACAUGGGUGGUGGAGCACCUAAUUUCAAUGAAGGAGGUCGUGGGGUACGCGGGGGUGGCCCAAUGAAUAUACCCCCGCUAGAUAUCAACAAUACACCACAUCGCCCAGAUUUUAUGAAUGAUUUCGAUGGCCGUGCUGGACCGCGUGGAGGGGGACCUCGUGGCGGUGGUGGCAAUCAUAACGGCGAUUUCUACCCUAAUAUGCAGAAUCGAUUUAAUCAACCAACCAGUCUUAUGCAAAUGCGUAUACCUCCACCGAACGCGUUCAAUCAGCGCAUGGGUGGACCAGGCGGUGGCCCGAUGUUCAUGCCACGUGGCGGCCAUGGAGGUCCUGUUGGCGGUCCGGGCCAAGGACAAGCUCCUGGAAGACAAGGCUUCUUCAAUCCACGUAAUCCAUUUGAUCGCGAUGGACCUGGGCCAGGUGGCCGCGGCGGUCGAGGUGGCCGUGGAGGUCGUGGUGGUGGUCGCGGUGGCGGACCGCCGGCUCAUGGCGCACCGAGCAACUGGAGCGACGAAGAGGGCGAUGAUGGCAACAUGUUCAAGCGACGUGGUGGUGGCCCAGGUGGAAAUCGGUUCCGUGACCGAGAUGGCCCCGAAGAGUGGCAUGGGCGAGGUGGCCCCGGUGGUAACCGAAGAGGUGGUCCAGGUGGCGGUCGCGACCGUCCUGAACGCGGUGAUCACCGCGAUAAUGAACGAGGCGACCGCGGACGAGGCGGAAACCGUCGAAACUCGCGUGACGAUUUGCGUGAAGAAACGAGCACGCAAAACACAAAGCCGGUUGGCGCUAAGUUUGAAGACACCGAAGCUGAUUGGGAUCUGGAGUUGGAGGAUUACAAACCAGAGGGUGCUUCAGCAGCUGCAGCAAAAACCACACCAGUUGCGAAUGAUGCUAAUAGAAGUAAGACAACGAAAAAUAAAGAAGAAAGUCUAGAUGCCGACAUAGCGCAAAAGAAGGAACCUGCAACCGCAACAAAAGUGACGGAAGAUCACGCUGUGCCGCAGCCGAAAGAAAACAAACCAGAAAUCCAGCCAGAGAAACAAAAGGAGCAAACAGAACCAAGUGAGAAACCGCAAAUACAGCCAACGGAGGCGGCGGCGCCUGCACCUGCACCAGCACCAACAAAGCCAGCGUUGGAAACCGCACCGUCACAAUCGCCACCAGCUAUAACUCCAACACCCGCAAAGCCCACACCUGAUGAGAGCAAUAAUAAGCCAGCAGCAGCACCAGUUGCUGAAGCAGCAGCAACAGUAAGCGCAGACGCAAACGCACCGCCAUCAACGGCCAAUGAAGCGGAAAAGCCAAGUGAAUGAGUAAAGCGUUGAUGAGAUGAUGAGGGAGGAUGAAUAGUAGAGAACAAACUCAACAUACAUACAUAUUAAAUGUUAGCAAUUUUUUAUUUUUAUUUUUAUUAAAUAUUAAUUCUAUAGAAAGUUACAUAAAAAAAUAGACAAGAACUAUUUUUUUUUUUCUUAAUUUGUAAAAUAUGAAUCUAACUUGAGAAUUAUUUUACUCACAAUUGCUUUAGAGCAUAUAUCUUUAAUGUAUAAACAAAAAUGCGGGAUAAUGUAAAGAAAUCUGCAUUAAAAUAUGAAGUUUGAGGCGGGCGGGCACGCGUUGUAGAAUGUCUUUGAUAAAUGGCGUAUUAAAAGUGCAUUCAAAAUAAAAAAAUCAAAUAAGCUAUGAUUAACCAGACAACAGAGUAACGGAUAUAACAUGUUAAGUGCUUUACUGUUUAAUUUCACUGAGAGUAUUCUUAAACAAAAAGCAUGACAACAACUAAUCACAAAUCCAACUAUGAAGACAAACCUAAAAUUCCAUAUGUACUAUAUAGAAAAAUUAAAAAAAUAAUGUUUUAAUUUAAAGUGGAGGGAGUCUCCCAAAGACAGGCUUUUUCACACAAAUAUCCAGGGAAACAGAUACUGUUUAAUGUGUUAAGUAUACAGAAAGUUUGCAAUGCUUCAAAGCUUAGCUUAGAAACGCCUUCCAACGUAAUUACAAAGGAGACAAAAUCAUUAAUUUCUACUUAUUUAGAGUUGGGGGAGAAAACAUUGAAUAAACUCAUCGUGCUAACAUUCAAAAUCAAAGCAUGCAAAAAUGCACGUAGCCGGGUGAGGCGACCUAUUUUUGAAAUUCACAAAAAUAAAUAUUUUGAACGACAUUUAAAUCAUAAAAAUGCAUACAUAAAUGAAAUAUCGAAGUUCAGAGUUAGUAUGUAUCUAAUUAGACUAUUGCAAAUUAUCGCAUAUGUAUAUGUAAUACGGAUAUCAUUUGAAGAAAUAAAUACGCAAAUGAAAA